AAGAACUGCAGGAUAGCUGCUAUAAGGCUUCCCCACAACAUUAGGGUAAAGCGAUUAAGCACUUACAAGUAUUCUAGUAAGUGUUGGGGCCUUGUGAUUUCCUAUUAUUAUAGACUGAACUCUUUAGAGAAGUGGAUGUCUUAAAAUUAAAGUCUGACUAAAAAGUAUUUAUCGAUAGAAUUAUUAUCUGUGAUAACUGUGAUCAAAUAAUAACGUCAAAGUGAUAUUUGCCUAAUAAAUUUUGUGUAUGAGUGUAUCUGAGCAGGAAUCAAAUCAUUACUGUUAUGAAUUUUUAUAAGUAUCGGCUGACUUGACUAUCAGUGUUUUUUAAAUUGAUAUUACCUAAUAUAUUUCACUCAUGUAUCAUCCUGUCUCUUUACAUGAGUAAACUCGCUCACCUCACUCAAGAUGGACUGAUUUCGGUGAUUUAAUGUUGAUGUUCAGGCAUUAUUAAUUAAAUCUCUAGUCGAAAGCAGGAUAUUGUUUGUUAUAAAAUGGACACCUUUAUGGAAUUUUAUUUUGACGAAGUAUUCGAUAAUAUGGAUAGGGAUUGUUUGAAUGGAAGACUUAAAAGAAAGGAGCUCGUGGAAUAUUUCAAUACGGUCAUUGCUGGCUGUGCGAAAGGUCAAAACAAAUCCGAUGACGCGACCUGCAAAAACUUCGUUUUAUCCACUCUCAGAUAUCACAAUAACCGCAAAUCUGCUAACGGUGACGUGUGUCUCAUGGGGAAAUAUCACAACCUUCUAUAUAUUGCAGUAAAGUUGGCAUUCGAUUGGAGUCUUCAAGAUAAUGGGACGGUUGCGGCUCUGUUGGAUGAACUUUAUGCAUGCGAGGGAACUUUUGAGAGGAUAUUUUUAGGAGCUAUAUUUGGCACAUCAGCCCCAUACUUCUUGGCGGGCUGGAAAUCCGAUUUUACUAACAAGGAAGAAAAUGUUCACGCUCUAGUUUACUUCUUAGAUCAUGCAACAAACGCUAAUCUAGAAUACAGAGAAGGGGAUAAAACUUAUCGCUUUAUAGAUGUACCUUUGGAGAGCUGUGGAAAAGCAUCGCCCGUGAGAGUCGUCAUACAGAUGGGAUCGUCAGAAAUGCUAAUGAUAUUACUUAGAUUCGGAGCACAAAUAACAGGUGAUGGAGUAUCCACAAAUCCAGUUGAAUCAAUACUCGAUAGAAUGAAGGAAUAUAAAAGAAUGUACCCGUACGAGCUAGUCGGUUGCUUGAAGUUGAUUUUGAGAGCAAUUCCAAGUGUAAAUUUCUCAGUUGAUAAAGAUGCGAUGAAGCAUUUGGGAUUGCCAACGGAUUAUAACUAUCAAAGAAAGGUGGCGUUAGAGAAGUACGGUGAGAUAUUGGAGGAUCAUUUGAUACCGACGUCGAGAUGCGGUUUGAAACCAGUGGAGUUGAAGCAUUUGUGUAGAUGCAUGGUCCGCGAGAUGCUUUGGAAGAAUUUCGAACUACCUUUUGGAAUACAAAAGCUACCUGUGCCAUUGUCAGUGAAAAAGUAUCUAGAUUUAUUUGAUGAUUAAAAAUUAUAAUGAAACAUAUUUUUUCUUUUAUCC